AUGACUGGAAUAACAACUCCAACCAUACACAUAGAACAUACAGCAAACCCUUUACAUGAACAUGAAAAUCGUACUAGGCCUUCCAAAACAAAUGAGAAAGCUGUAAAACUAAAACCAACUUAUUGUAACGCCACUUCAAAUUUUAAACCAUUCCCAUACGCAUCAAAUUAUAGAUCCGUAUUUCAACCUCCAUUAACAGAAGAACAUAAUCGGAAAACUGCUCUAUUGAAUGAAAAAACUUUGAAAAUUUAUUACGAUCUUAAAAGAACAAAUGUGAAUUUAUGUCCAAAAGAAAGACGUCCUAGUGCCACUAGUUCCACAGAUUCCUCCUCCUCCUCUUCUUCUUCUUCUGCUUCUGCUAGUGCGAACCAACAACAAAAGGAUUCAUCCAAAUUCGAGGAAUUAAUGGAUAUAUUCUUAAAAGGAUACGAUGACGAUUUCUUAUCAGGUACAAAAUUUAUUAAAAACUCUAAUUUAUAUUCAACACAAAUCAAUGGUAAUCAUACUGCUGCUCAUAAUGAAGAUAACUAUUCUAUGGGUCCUUCUUCUUCUUCUUCUUCUUCUUCUUCUUCUUCUUCUUCUUCUUCUUCCUUUCCCCCUUCCCAAAAAUCAAACAAUAUAAUUAACAAUGAUAUAAUAAUCAACAAUAAUGACUUCAUUUCUCCAUAUAUAAAAUAUUAUCAAAAAUUAUUAACAGUUAACGUAAGAGAAUGGGAUAUUUUGAAAAGACAUAGACUAUGGAUCCCAAUUGUAAGAGACGAUUUUAAAUCUAUCUUACUUUCAAGUAGGGAAAAAAAAUUGAUGAAGAAUUUGGAAAAAAAUUCAUCAGAAAGUUUAUCAUAUUUGACAUCAACUGAUUUAAACUCAACUAUAAGUACAAAUACUAUUACAGCUAGUGCUAAUUCUAAUGCUAAUAUGAGUACUGCUACUCUAGAAAAUUAUCCAUCCCAUUCUUUUUCGUCAAAGCAUGACAUUAAAAUCAAACCCAUGGACAAGAAUGAUAAUAAUACAACAAUAAAGAAAUCAAAUCCAUUAUUUAUUGACGGAGCUGAUUACGUUCCAAAGGAAUAUGAUCCUUAUUCAGGUUCAUCUCUAAUAGCAUCUUUAUUUUCAGAAAUGAAAGCACCUGCAUUCUCAUAUCAUUGUUCUGUAGAAUUACAUGAUCAAGUAUUUAUUCUUGGAGGACUUUUACCAUGUUAUAGAUAUGAAGAGGAAGCACCAAAUUUGAAUGAUUUCACAAUGGAUGGUAUUAAAAAUUUACCACCGCCUCUAUUUGAAAGUGUUAUUAAUAAUCCUGCAAUGAUUACAAAUCCAAAUUUAUACUUGGCUUCAUUACCAUCAAAUCAUAUUUGUAAAGUAAAAACAUCAGGUCAAAUUCCACCUCCUUUAAUUUGUAGUCAAGGUUCCAAAUUAACUGAAAGACAUUUAUUCUUUUUUGGUGGGUUUGAAAUUAGAACAGAUUGUUUCCCUCCUACACCUAAUGAUGGUGGGAAAUAUCAUCUAAAAAGAACCGCUUUCUUGAAUAGUGAUGGUUAUAUUUUGGAUACAAUGACAUUCAAAUUCACAAAGAUUGAUUUAUUAGUUCAAACUUCAAAUUUAAAUCCUUAUUCUGCUUUGUCACCAAGAUUUGGUCAUUUAUUAUUAUCACUUACGAAUUCAAAUACAUUAAAUACAUCCUCCUCCUCCUCAGCUUCAUCAACUUCAAAUUCUAAUAAUAAUAGUAUUCCAGAUACUCCUACAAAGGAAAGCCAAUUUUAUGAUAUUAGGAAUGUUUCUGUAAUCUCCGAAAAUACUACUAUUCCAUCAAGACCUUCAUCAUCAAUGGCAAUUCCAUCAGCAACAACGACAACAACAACUCCUUCAUCAAAUGUUAACAUCAACACAAAAACAACAACAACGGGGGCCCAUAAUAAUAAUGAAAACACAGCAUUACCAACACAUCAUUCAAAUAAUUCGUAUACAAUCUUAGUAUUUGGUGGUUACAAACAAACAGGUGAUGAUAAAUAUGAAGCAAUGAAUGAUUUAUGGAAAAUUGAAUUUCAGGUAGAAGCUCGUGGUAAAAGAGGUUAUUGUAAAUUUAAAGAAUCAGCUAUUGCAACAUCAAUAGGUCAAUCCCGUAACAAUAGAAUGACGUGGCCAAGUGAAAGAGCAUUUGUUGGAUUUUGUUUACCUGAAAUUUCUGUCUUAAAUUCUUUCAAUUAUGAACAGGACCUAUUAAAUAAAUUAAAGAAAAAUUUCAAGAUUUCUAAGAAUCAUGGACUUUCAUCUUCAUCUUCUACUUCUACAAGUAAUAUGAAUACAAGAAUUAAUCAUAAGAAAUCAUCUUCACCACAGGCACAGGUACAGGUACCAUUUUCUAUAUCCUCAGUAUCAACAGUACCUACAUUAGGAGGAAGUAAUGUAGCAUCAUCUGGAAUAUGUAGAAAGCCACCACCGACAACAACAAAAACAAAAACAGAUAAGAUUCAAUUACAUAAGUCAGCAUCAUUAAGGAAAAGUGAAACAUCUCCAUCAACAACAACAACUGCCAGUACAACUACUACCAUGGCAAAGGGAAGUUCUGCUUUUGAACAUACACCAAGUACUUAUAGUGGUAAUAGUAGAAAUAGAACUAUUAUAAUUCAUGGGGGUUCUAUUGGUAAUAAAGUGUUAAAUGACAUGUGGUGGUUUGAUUUAGAAACAUGUACUUGGACUAAGAUGACGUUGUAUGCAGAGACUAAAGAUGAGAAGGAAAUGAUGACUCAUAAGAAUGAAAAAAGGAAAGAAUCCGAAUUGAUACCAUGUAAUUUGGGAUUAGUUGGUCAUACUAUGACUUCUGUUGGUCAUUAUAUCGUUUCUUUAGGUGGAUUAAUUCAACAAGAUGUAGAUAAAUUAUAUGGUAAGGAUAAUGAUGAUGAUAAGAAUGGAGAAUUACCCGUUGGUGGGUUGAUGAUGAAUAUUAUUGAUUUGACUACGAGGAAAAUUAAAGAUCAAAAAAUCAUUGAAGUGAAGGAAACUAAUGGACAACAAUUAAUUUCAAGGACUAAAUUUGAUAAAUCUAAUUUAAUGUUAAGUGUUGGUUGUUGUUCUCAUAUUUCAUGUGGGAAUAUUGUAAUGAUUGGUGGUGUUGUUGCAAGGCGUUCCAAUAUUAAUGAUUUAUAUUUGAGAGGUGCAGUUAUUGAAUGUUUCUUACCAUCAUCAAGUUCUUUAAUGUGA